UGUCUUUGUGCAUCCCUCCUUUAUCUCUCUCUCACUCAGGUGGUUUAUCAAUCAUAUCUGAUAGAGUGCAGCCGAGAUAAGAACGAACAGAAUGACCGGAAAGACCCACACCCCCGAGCCACGCCCGGCCAAGCACACCCGUCACUCCCACCACUCCCACCCUCACCACCACGAUGAUCUCGACAGCAUCGCCCUGGACUCGCGCUAUCAGAACUCGGCCCUCCGUCGCUUCCUCCACGCGCUCGCCUCCGCGACCACCCAGCAUCCUAUCGAGUCCAUCACCCUCUGUCUGAUCCUCGCCUCCUUCGCCUACUUCACCCUCUUCAACACUAUCCGGCACUCGACCUUCUUCGACAUCAACAACGUCGUCGUCUAUCAGCCCGCCACAGUCAUUGCCAACCCGGGCGCCGAUCGAUUCCUGCCCUUUGACAAACGCACCACCAAGGUCCCCAGGAACGCCCAGCUCUUACAGCUCAACCAGGUCCUCAUCACCGCCGAUCCAUCGGAGCAGAGCGACAAUGCCCUCAAAAAGUCGUUGCUCCCCUCGGUCCUCCAGCUGCAGACCCUGAUUGAAGACCAGGUCUUGGUCUCGCCCAUCCAGCUCUGGGACAGAGAUAUGCAAAGCCUCGUUAAGGACGACAGCGUCCUCGUUACCGUUACCGAUAACGUCGAGACCCUCGACUAUCUCUUCAAAGAUCUUCGCUCCGUCUCCAAGACCGAUGCCUUCAACGACAGCGCCGCCGUUACCUCGUCAUCCUCACGCGCGCCUGCACUCGUCCUGUCCUAUGCCUUUGAUGCCAAUGGUCCUUUCCAGUCCAGACUCGCCCAGACAUGGGAAUCCAAGGUCGCGCACCUGCACACACCCACCAUCAAAUCGCAAUCGACGAUCCUACAAGGCGAAAAGUCGGCCCUGGCCUGGAUUGGCGCCGCCCUUCUCGAUGUUGCCCACAAGAUCCAGGAUUUGGUCCAGAAAGCGAGCACGAUCGAUGUCUUUGUUAUCUUGACCGCCUACUUCAUCAUGUUUUGCUCGUUUGGACUCUUGUUCGUAAACAUGCGAAAGCUCGGCUCGCAGUUCACACUCGGCCUCUCUGUCCUCGCCGGCGGUGGAUUCGCGUUCAUGGGUGCUGUCAUCACUGUCCACAACUUGGGUGUUUACGUUAACCCCAUUCAACUCUCAGAGGCCAUCCCUUUUUUUAUUAUCACAGUCGGCUAUGAGCGCGCCUACACUCUCUCCAAAGCUGUGCUUCGACCCACCCUUGCCGCCGAACAUGUCCCAGAGUCAAUCCAAAAGCACGUCGUUUCUGCACUUGAGUCCGUCGGUCCCAUCCUCAUCCGCAACUGCGCUAUUGAGAUCGCAGUCCUUCUCUGCGGUUUCCUCUCGGGCAUCCCUGGACUGAAGGAGUUUUGCCUGCUCGCUGCCUUCAUGCUGUUCUACGAUCUCUGCAUUCUUUUCACCUUCUACACCGCCAUUCUGACCCUGAAGCUGGAGCUGCGCAGGAUCCGUGAGAGCAGCAAGUCGCCCACCUACUUCAGAGAGCUGACCCUGAUGGCAUUGUUGGGUACUGGGGCUGAGACCAUGGAGAACCAGAGCCCUGUCUCAAAGGCCACGCCUAGCAAGACUGAGAACCGCAUCGUUGCGAGGAUGAAGCUGGCCAUGAUCGUUGGAUUUGUCGCCAUGCAUUUGUUCAAUGUCUGCACCACCCUAACCACAACCACCGACUCCGGUGUCCCACUUGGUUCUUCAGUUGAUGUCACCAGCCCCGUGAUCGCCCCUGUCCUCGAGAGCCUGCUGGCUGUUCACCGUGCAUCCACUCUCAAGGACAUGCCCAUGAUUGUCGAGGUCUCCCCUGCUCUGACCUUCCAACACCUCGCUCCCGUCGUCAGUGCAGGUUCCCAAUGGACCGAGCGCCCUCUCGAAAAGAUGUUUGGCCUUUGGUCGUAUCUGAUCCAGGACCCAGUCUUGUCCAAGUACAUCACGUUGACAUUGGCUGCAUCUCUUCUGCUCAAUAUCUUCCUGCUUAACGUUGCUAAGCAGUCUCGCCAAGCUCCUGCUCUCUCCGCAGCCCCAUCCUCCGCCCCUGCGUCUUCUCCUUCGACCACGACUGUUACAACCGUGGUGGCGACGACGACUAAGAUUGCUGCCCCCUCGCAUGCCGUGUCCACUGCACCUGUCAAGAUUCAAAAGGUCGAGUCUUUGCCCGAGCCCAAGGCUGUGGUCGAGUCCUCUUCGAGCAAGGAAGGAAACUGGGCUUUGGUUCGUCCCUUGGAAGAGUGCCUGGCCUUGGUCAAGUCGCCUGGAGGCGCGUCUUCGGUAACGGAUGAGGAGCUGGUCAUGCUCGUGAACAGCAACAAGAUUCCAUCGUAUGCGCUCGAAAAGACUUUGGGAGACCUCACCCGCGCUGUCAAGAUCCGUCGUGCCCUUAUCUCUCGUGCCACAACCACCAAGACUCUGGAGACAUCGCUUCUGCCCAUGCAUCAUUAUGACUAUUCCAAAGUCAUGGGUCAGUGCUGCGAAAAUGUCAUUGGGUACAUGCCUAUUCCUGUGGGCGUUGCUGGACCCUUCAAUGUGGAUGGCCAUGUCCUGUACCUGCCGAUGGCUACGACUGAGGGAACCUUGAUAGCGUCGACAUCUCGUGGAUGCAAGGCCAUCAAUGCUGGUGGCGGGGCAACUACUGUCCUGUUGGCUGAUGGUAUGACCCGUGGUCCUUGUGUCGAAUUCCCCAACAUCAUUGAAGCCGGCGCUUGUAAAAAUUGGCUCGAGAACGAGGGUCUGGAGGUGAUGCAGGAGGCUUUCAACUCGACUACCCGAUUUGGUCGUCUGCGCAAACUCAAGGUUGCUGUCGCUGGCCGCCUGGUAUACAUUCGUUUCUCGACCACGACUGGAGAUGCUAUGGGUAUGAACAUGAUCUCGAAAGGAUGUGAGCGGGCGCUGGAGAUCUUGGGCGAGAAGUUCCCAUCUAUGUCGAUCAUCUCUUUGUCAGGAAACUACUGCACGGACAAGAAGCCCGCAGCUAUCAACUGGAUCGAGGGUCGCGGCAAGUCUGUGGUGGCUGAGGCCGUGAUUCCUGGCAAGGUGGUCGAGAAUGUGCUCAAGACGACAGUGGCUGCUUUGGUGGAACUGAACUUGGACAAGAACUUGAUCGGAUCGGCUAUGGCUGGAGCAAUGGGUGGUUUCAACGCACACGCUGCCAAUAUCCUGACAGCCGUUUACCUCGCAACAGGACAGGACCCAGCCCAGAACGUCGAGUCUUCCAACUGCAUCACGCUGAUGAAGGCUAUCAACAACGGCCAUGAUUUGCUGAUCAGCUGCACGAUGCCCUCGAUCGAGGUCGGCACCCUUGGAGGAGGAACGGCCUUGCCACCCCAGGCCUCCAUGUUGGAGAUGCUUGGUGUCCGUGGAUCGCAUCCCGAGACCCCUGGAGCAAAUGCACAGCGUCUGGCACGUAUCAUUUGCGCUGGUGUCAUGGCCGGUGAGCUGUCGCUCUGCGCUGCCCUUGCUGCUGGACACUUGGUCAAAGCACACAUGGUACACAACCGUGCUCAGCCUACACCAGCAGCCAUCACGGCAUCGACGACAACGAGCACGGCCCUUACAGUCUCAUCUCCAAGUGCAGUCGUAUUAUCCUCUGCUACUCACACAUCCUCCGUCGGUACCCCAUCAUCAACACCAGCACCAGCAUCAUCACCAUCAUCAACAGAGCCCAUCCUGGGAUCCUGCAUCAAGUCUUAAUGAAGCAUGGCUAAAAAGCAAGAAAGCAUAUUAGUUUAACCUCUCUUGCAAAUAGAAGGCUACGCUUAAAGAGUAAAACUUCACACUUAGA